GCAGUUUGUAGAUCUCGCUCGCUGGCUCACUCAAGUUCGUCGUUCGUCCUAUACAUAGGGAUCAGCCAUGUUUUCGUGUAGUCGCCGAGCUAGACUGUCGUGAUGGCGUUCGGUUAAACCGCCUUUUCAAGCCCAAAUUCGGCGACCGCGCUUCUCAAAUUGUGUAUUCCGCAGACUCCGAGUGUCCUUAUUGACAUGGCGCAAGAACUCGUGCUGCACAGCCCUGUUGGUGCCGAUCCCGCCGUUUACCACUGGCCUUUAACUUCUGGCCGAGGCGCGGACAAGCACGAUGGUGCGAUAGAAAUUCUAGAGACCAUUCGCUGGGCCUGCAAAGAACUGCCCGAUCUCAAACUGCCCCUCGAAAACAACAUCCUGAAAGACUAUGACACUCGCAGUUUUGAGUCAAUGAAAGGGCUGUGUGACAGGUACAACCGCGCCAUCGACGAAUUCCUCAAGCUGGAAAAAGGCACUGCGCGGCGAGCGGAGCGAAUUGGAAAAAGGCCAUCGCAGGAACUACUCCGUCACAUUAUUCAGCAAACCUACAAUCAGGCAAUAGAAGACCCUGAUAAACUGAAUCAGUACGAGCCCUUCUCUCCAGAGGUUUACGGGGAGACAUCCUUUGACCUGGUGUUGCAAAUGAUUGAGAAAGUGUGUCCAACCCCAGAAGAUAUCUUCAUUGACUUGGGAUCCGGUGUGGGACAAGUUGUGCUGCAAAUGGCUGCAGCCACUAACUGUAAAAUUUGUUAUGGAAUUGAAAAGGCUGACAUGCCUGCCAGAUAUGCAGAGUCAAUGGAUCAACUUUUUCGUAAGUGGAUGGCAUGGUAUGGCAAAAGCUACGGCAACUAUCAAAUUGUCAAGGGAGACUUCCUCACUGAAGAAAACAAGUGCAAGAUUGUGAGUUCAUCGCUGGUGUUCGUGAACAAUUUUGCAUUUGGACCAAACGUUGAUCAUGCCCUCAAAGAGAGAUUUGCUGACCUCAAAGAUGGAACUCGCAUUGUUUCAUCAAAGUCAUUCUGCCCUGCAAAUUUCCGCAUAACAGAAAGAAAUCUUUCUGAUAUCGGCACAAUAAUGGAGGUGACAGAAAUGGAUCCAUUGAAGGGAUCUGUUUCGUGGACUGGAAAACCUGUGUCAUAUUUCCUUCAUGUAAUUGAUAGGUCUAAGCUUGAGAGAUACUUCACAAAAAUCAAAGCAAAGUCCAAUGGUAGUUGCAAUGGAGACGCAACCAUAAAUGGUCCAAAAAAUAGACGAGAAAUGAAAUCUUUGGCAGAAGACACUAGUUCAAAUGAUGGCUCUUCUAAACACGAUGACCAAAGAGCAUCCUCAGAUGAAGAGAAAGGAAAAGUGUAUGGCCCUACAACAAGGCAUGCGUGGAAUGUUUACACUAUGAAAGCCAGUGGAAAGGAAAGCUGCAGUGACGAUGACAACAACAAUGCAGAAAAAAUGCAGGCUCAAAGAAAGAGAGUUAAGAGGAAGAUUUCGCCUAGGUCAGGUAAACAGACUGCACUGAAGAGGCCGGGUAGAAAGCCAAAGGGUAAAAUCGCCCGACAGAAAAAGAAGAGGGCUAUUAAAAUCAACGGCCUUGACCUGUUGCACAGCCAAACAUUACUCAGCACAAGCAAUCAGGCGCAGGGUCAGAAGCUACCACCUGCACCUGGCUGUGUGGAUCAACAACUUCCAAGUCUGAUUCUGGUGGAGAAUUGUGCACCUUCAAUUGUUCACAAUGAAGUUGAGCCCAGAAAUUCUUUGGAGCCCUAUGGACUGCAAGUGCUCUUGGACAGUAUCAGGACAAGCUACAUGCAGUUCAUUCACUAUAUGAAAACUCCAGACUUCAAAGUUAGUGUGCAAAUGUCAAUUAAGGCUGAAAAAGAGAGGAAUGCAAAGAUCAUGAACAGGGCUUCUCAGCUUGAGAAGCAAAUCCAGGUGCUUAUCACUGAUAGUGUUGCGCUUUUGAAAACGAGAAUGAAUGAAAUCGGCAUUGUGGCUAACAAUCCAAGUGAUCUUCUCUCUAGUGCCAAAGAUAUUGUACAGUCACACAAGGAGCUGCAGAAUAAUUUGGCUUCGCUUCAAAGAGAGGUAUUGCCUCUAGAAGAAGAGAACCUGAGACUGAUGCAGCGACACCAACAGCACGCAGAGACGCAUAAGUCUGUUAUGGAACAACCACAGCUGCCAAAUGGUGUCCGUUGUGAUCCUACCACGGAGGAGUUCAGACGAGAGAUGGCUAAGAAGCAGAAAAUGUUAGAGAGGCAAAGGAACGACAUGCUUCUAGCCAAGGCAGAGAGCAAACCUGUACCUGUCAUUUACAAGCCACCUCCAGAGCACCAUCAGCUUGUUCACCAUACACAUCCUCAGCUGCACCAUGAAAAGACAGCUGUUCAAGCACCUGUGAUAGUUGGCAAUAGUCAACAACUGCUUCAACCUCUCCCUGCUCAAGCUGCAGCUCCGCCGCCACCACCACCCCAAUCGCACCACCACUCCAAGGGGAGGAAAAGCCGAGAAUCUCGUUCCAGGUCACAAGAUUGGCCAGACGUACCAAAUGUUGAAAAAAUCAAAGAAGACAACCCUGAGAUUCUUGCGAAAAAGCUCCUGGAAGUUGGUCGGCAGAUUGAAGCUGAGAAGAUGAAGGAAAACCCUCGGCACUUGAAACAUCAUGAUGAUGCAAGCAAGUCCGACGGCAAAAACAUGUCUAAGGGCCAUACUCAGGAAUCCUCCUAUAAGAUCAACUUCAGUGAUCGUAUGCAAGCCAUCAUCGAAUCCGAACUGAACGACGGGAAUGACAGAAAGCAGGCGUUCCAUCCAGCGCAACAAAAUGCACCCAGCACUUCUCGUUCAUCUUCCUCAGCAGCUAACCAUUCACUCACUCAGGGAAAAUUGCAUCUAAGUCAGGUGCCUCCACCACAGGUUCCAUUGGGUCACCAGGUCAAUCACGGGUAUCCUCAGGCUGCUCCGUCAGGUGGUCGUAGCAAGGCGCUGAAACAAGAUACAAGACCUGAUUACACCAUGGUGUCUCCAGCCAAAGCUGCCCUCAGGAGGCACCUUUCUCAAGAAAAAUUGGCUCAACAUCAGCAACAUCCCUCUCAAAUGCAAAUGCACCAUACGCCCAUGCGGCAAAGUGGAAUGACAAUUGGAACAGUAGGAGACCUGAUAGAUCACGACAUAGCAAAACAACUUGAUCAGCCCCCUCGUGAGCGCACAUAUGCGAUCAAACAGCAAAAUCUGAUUGAUGCUGUUAUUGAUCGAACUGCCUCUUCACACUCCAAUAACGAUAUUCUCAAGAUGGAUAGCUCAAAAAUGAGAUCCCAAAUAAGUCGUGUGAUGACUGAAGACGAGGGAGAAAGUUCUCGGGUCAUGUAUUCUCCAAUCUCAAGACCGAAUAGCACUGAUGCCAACUUGUCUCAGCCUCCACACAGCCCCCACUUGGAAGGACUGGCCUACCCAAGAGCGCAGUCACCUUUCUCUCACAGACAGCAUGCACCACCUGCGCCUUUGCCUUCGGUUCCACUGCCAGGGGCUGACACCAUUGGGUCCUACUUCUCUGACAGUAAAAGACUACCUGUCUCAAUGACUGCCUCAAAAUUCAACACUACCCGGACCUCAGCAAUAGUGCCAAUUCCUCCCAACAACGCAGGCCCCUCUGAUGAUCAUUUCUCUGAAGGUUUGGCUGCUUCGCUGCAUGCCAGAAUACGAAAGACUCCUGAUGCCAAAACUAAGGAGGAAGCCAAAAUGGCAGAUUGUUUAAUGCAAAGGCAGUCUGCCCCACAUACAAUACCUGUGGUGAAAACGGAGCCUGUUGAAGAAGCUGGCAGCUUUGGUGGUCCUGAACUGCCCCCUCCAAGACCAGUCUCUAGAAAAAGAUCCUCAUCAACUGCCCCAUGUAGCCCUCCCAGCAAAAUGCCUUCCAGCGAGAGUCAAGACUCAAGUAGCAAAAAUCAGGAUUCAUCAAAAGUAGCUGAUCAACCACCACUGCCACCUCCACCCCCACCGAACACUUCCGCGCCGCCCCCGCCUGCUACAAGAGAGGAUGAUGAUGUGCCGCGAAAAAAGAUACAAGAAGGUCUGGACACCACAUUUGACAAACUGUUGAACUUUGCUUCCUCCGAGGUAGACAAGCGCCGGCGUAGUACAGAAGGCGCUUCCCCGAGGGGCAAUACCCUCAGCUGCAACACAAGUCCCGACAGUGGCAUUGGUAGGGAGACGUCUGCACCACCAGCAUCUUCAUCCGAGCCUUCCAAGUCACCCAUCAAAGGCAACGUCAGCCCCAAUCCAAAGAUCUCCCGUCUACCAAAAAAGAACCCAAUUGCUCUGACGAUUGCAGAAGCUGCUUCUUCACCUCUUACAGCAACCUCAAAUAUUCCGGAGGAAGAAGAUGAGCUUGAGUGCUCAGGUCCUCCCCGCACUCCUUCACCUUCCAACGAGCGACCCUUGUCAAAUCCAGCUGCUCCUGUAUCACAUGCUUUUAGUCCACCUCCUGUACCUCAUGGGCAAGAGAAACCGCCAACUCCUGAACCAGCCAUGUUGCCCAAGAAGAAGUUCCGCGACAGAGAAUACUGGGGCCGAGAUGAAUCUGGAAGUUCUGGAAAUCAAGCUCCACGAUUCAGACCAAAAGGAAAGGAUUACGGAGGUUGGCACCACAGGGAAGACUACCAUCAAGAUUACAACAGACCAUACCACCCAGCCCCGCCAUUGAAGCACAGAUCUAACAGUACUGAGGAGAGGUUUCGACAUUUCAACAACGUCAACAAAAGACCUCAAAUGUUGGACCGAACGCGAAUGUACGGUCCUCCAGGAGGAGUGCCGCAAAACUUUUCGCUACCACCGCCCAAUUUCUUUAACAAUCACUACCAACAGCAAGGCAGGAAUAAUGGUGGUGGCAAGCAAAAGUGGCCUCCGAGAGGGCCCCAAUAGUUUUGGUUGUGGUACAAGACCAACUUUCAACAAUGUAGGUGAUUACGAUGUCCAAAUUACCUUUGAUUUGAUCCUUACGAUGAUUUUUGCCUGCUCAAGCAGUGGUUAAUGUAAUUUCUAAAGAAUUUGCUCUAAAGACUUGUUAAACUGGAACUUUAUUCCCACUUAUUCCAACAUUAUGAAGUCUUUAAUCGCACUAUUGGCCAUUUUAUUGGACUACAGAUAUUCUCGUAGUAGGAACACUUACGAAAUUUUCAUUCAUUUUAAUUGUGCAGUCAAAUGUAAAUUAACAAAAUGCUCACAUCUUGAAAGUAUAAAUCUUUAACACCAAAUAUUCAGUUUGAUACACUGUAGCUGUUCAAUAAAUAGCUUUUUAAUCCAAACAUUUCUCAUACUGUGUUUAUAUAAUGUCUUUUUGAAACUUUUGUUGUUUACAAUCACACGAAUCACACAAAGAAUUGAAACCUGGACAAAAUGAGUAUUUCCAUCUGUGAUAUUAUGUUAAAAGCAGUUAAAAAGUUAAAUCACAAAAGUAAUUUUUCAGCAUGAAUAAAUCACGUGCUCUUCGGUCAUAGGUUUCUAAUUGUGCAAAGUGUAUCCAGACUACCUGAAAAUUUUGUGCCCCGCUAGUAUUCCUCAGCGAUUUUGAAGAUGCUGCUCUUUUUUUUCAUUGAUGGCCUUUCAUAUGUUAGUUUGUAACUUCUUUUGGAUUUGAAACAGCUGUUUGGCAUAGAAGGCACUGUUAAUACAAAUUGAUGGUCUAUGUAUUGGCUUUCCUAAUUCAAGUGAUAGGAUUUAAAAAUUUCACGUCUUAAGACGAUGCCCUGAGAGGGAUUGGAGAUAAAUCUGAAUAAGUUUUGCUUGUAAAACUCUAAGAGAAAAAAUUGUGUUAGUUGUCCCAGAAGUUACAAGCUGGAUGUUGUGGUAGGAGAUAAGAAAUGAAGAGAAGCAAUUAUAAUUAGGUGGUUCAUCAUAAAAAUAUUUAUUUUUCUCAUCGUUGAAGCCUUUUUUGUUUCUUCCCUUUUUAUGAACAUUUUGUAUUUCACAUUGAAAUGUGAUGGUGUUAUAACUGCUAGCCGUUGGAACCAUUUCUGUUGUUUUUCCCUUAUUAUUUUUUUUUUUUUUUUUGCGUCUGGACAGACUGCAUAAAUAUUGCAUACAAAUCCAUAACCAAAUGAUUGAUCUGUUAGCUAAACACUGCCAUUCUCUUUUAGUGUCAAAAUUUGCAGCUCGCUUUAAAUCACUCGUAUCUGAGAGUGAAGCAAGAAAAGUGGCAUAACAGCGAAUUUGUUUUUGCUGUUAUACAAAAAACAGCCAGUCAUUCGCUCUGAAAUAAUUAUGUAAAUGAAAGGAGCUGAUUUGAUCUUGCCAAGUACAAAAGCAAACUUUUGGCACUAGUUUGAGUAUUGUGUACAUUUGAUGAAACAUGAUAUGUGUAUAGUCGCUCCUAGUUAGUAUUUCUAACUAAUAAACUGAAGAUUACAAUUAAAGACUAAAAUUUAGUUGUGUUAGAGGGAUGAUACUUGUUCGAAUUUUCAGUGACCAAACUGCAAAUUUAAUAAUCAUGGUGUUGUACAUAAUUGUAAUUGUGUAAUUUUCAAGAGACUCCACUCCAGGUUUGUAAUAAAGAACUGGCAAAACUGUUUUCACAAUUAAAAAGGUUCAUAUGUA